AUGGACUCAACAGCCUCUUACGAUAUGGUACACCGCCGUAUUGCUAAUCUUUCUAUCGACACCAACACGUUCCAUGGACAGUCAGCCUUGAUCUCGCCCCCGGAAUCUGCCAACAGUGCUCGUCGUAGCUCUUACGACAUGAGCUAUCACCAAACUCCUUUAUCAACAUAUCACCCAAACACACCGGUCCACUUCUCUACACAAGACAUGUACAACGUGUUGCCGAGCGACAAGUUGAAGAUGUCGUUUCAUCAAUUCCCUCCGAGUCCUGUUGACUUCUCCUCCCAAGGUCAACAGAACUAUGCCACUGCUUGCAACUCCCCGACAUGGAGUUCGUCAAUGGUAUUCGCACAGAAGCCUGACGUAGACAAUUCUUUCUACCAGGAUAGCUCAACAUUGUUGUCUACCGAGCCGGACUGGGACAGCUCGUUGAUGAGCCAACAUCCAAGUGCUGACUAUGCUCCCGACCCGAGCACACUCUUCACACUGCCAUCUCAUGAUUCGUCGAUGUCCUUCAUGACCGACAUCGACUCGUCACAUCCUGAGAAUCUCCCGAACUUCAUUGCUCCUAGCCAGGCAGUCCACCACCAACCACCAGAGCUUGUCGAUUAUAACAUGAGCUUAUCUGGCUGGGGUGGCCUUCAGACUCCAGUGCAUGACAGCAGUAUCUUGCAUUCUUCCUCGCCUGCAGAGUAUUCUCCAGUGACACCUCCCACUGUUGACUGCUCUUUCGACGCGUCUUACAUCAAGCAUGAGCUCUCCCCUUCCUCAUCGAUCUAUGGUCACACUAGCCGCUCAAGUCUGGGCAAGAAGGGUCGUAAGAUGUCCAAGGCUGACAAACGUCGUUCUAUCUGCAAGAAUGUCCCGGUGUCCAAUACAAACACCUCGAUCACACUCUUGACGGACGAACAAUCAGACAUGUUCCGCGUCCUCAAGGACGAGGAAAAGAAGACUUUCAGUGCAGGGCGUAAAAUGUAUACCUGCAAAAUUGCCCACUGCAGGCAGAGCUUUGCCCGCUCUGAGCACUGCAAGAGGCACGAAACCAGUCACGCAGACGACUACCCUUACGAGUGCUACAUCUGCCAUCACCGUUUCGACCCUAACGACCCAAAGAGUCAAUGCAAAGUGGGAAAGAAGAACAACGGUAAACAAAACCGUAACGAUAAUUCGCGGUCCCACCACUGGACGCAUGUCAAGGCUUAUCUCGUUUCCAAUGACCCUCUCGUCCGCGAGCGCCUCAAGCAGCUCAACAAGAAAUCCAAAGGACGCAACUACGCCCUUGCGCCCACGCAGAUGUAUGAGCUGGUUCGCAACCGAGAUACGCCUGAGCAGCAGGAGGUCGUGCUCAAGUUCUUGAACGGUGAGGCUGGAAAGGAGUUUGGUGUUCAUAUUCUCUGGGAGGAGAAGGGAUGUCCAGUCAUUCCUUGCCAAGAAACCUUGGGCAUUGAGGGUUGUGGCAUGUGCCGGGCUAAGCAGGGCAAGGGCAAGAAGGAGUGA